AUGCAAAAGCUCGACUUGUUGAAAUGGAUUUGUAACCCAUUUCAAGACCCCCUACCAACUGGUAUGUCAACAAAAGCAAGUGAAGAGCUAAUUGAUUUAUCAGAAGAUUCGUCACAAAAAAAUAGUUUCAAUCAUAAGCCAUUAACGAAAUUCUGGCUCUCGGUUGCUGGUAGUUAUCCAUGCCUGUUUGAUGAAGCUAUGAAAGUCCUCCUCCCCUUUACUACCUCAUACUUAUGUGAGGCUGGGUUUUCGAAUAUGGUGAACAUUAAAACUAAAUACCGAAAUAAAUUGGACUUAUCAAACUCACUGCGAUUAAAAGUAACAAAAGUUGAAGUAGAUGUCAAAACUGUAAUGGCAAAACAUAGGAAACAAUUUCAUCCUUCGCAUUAA